AUGCAAGGAAACGGCCUCAUAGCUAUUUUGAUUGGCGGGCUUUUCUUCGUGGUAUUUGUCGGAUGGGUGAGCUACUUCUGGUACGCCAGGAAUCUCAGACGAGCUAUCCUCCGUAACGAAAACGCUGCAAGAGUCGGUCGAGCACGCCACCGUACAGGGAGCCAUUUUGAGCACGACGUUGAAAGGGAGCUGGCCAUCGCAAUCCCACCAUACAUCGUGACAAAAAAGGGUAUCUCACGACCGAGCAUGCGUCAAAGUCGAAGUCGCGAGAAAGUCGUUCAGAAACCUUCAUACGUGUACGAGAGCCGACCUGGAGAACAUGCCAAAGCCACGCGCUACAUGCCAGUCAAGCAGUAUAUGCCCAGGCAUCAUUACCUCCCAAGGGCCGGCAGUCAACGUGACAAGCCUCGAUCAAAGAGCCACUCGGGUAAGCCAAGGCAAUCGGAGGCCCGGGCUGAGGCUCGAAAGAGCUCGCAUAAGACGCUGGAGAAACAGGCCAGCAACUGGACCAAAGGUAUCGCUCCAAAGGAAUCGCCUAAGACCCGCCAAUCGAAUCAAUCCAAUGGCAAGGCCCAAUCUCAUCAAGGAACUGAUCCCCCAAAUAUCCCUGAUUGGGUGGGAAACGUCGAAGGGGCUCCACCCGAUAAACCAUGGACCAAUGCUUCAACUCGCCCUUCACCUCAUUCUUCGCCUCAUCCAGACCAUCAACAAGCCGGUGGUCGUCAAUGGUCCAAGGAUGGCAGCGGUGGAUCUGGAUUUGCCCUGAAAACCCCUUCUAACACACAAGUAAGAAAGUCCCGUUCCAACUGGGCAGAUUUACAGAUAUCUAAAUAUGGCCGUGAAAGCAAUAGAAAGACAAAACUUGGUCAUGAUGGUAGUAGUUAUCGAACCUGGAGUUUGGCCCCCGACACUCAUCGAACCUCGAUUUCAACUCCCUACACUCGUCGGACCUAG